GCGAUUUAUAAAUUGUAAGAUAUAAAUUAUGAGAUAAAUUCAGAAUUUUGAGGAAAAUAGAAUUGUGAGUUAAAUUACGAGAUAUAAACAGAAUUUUGAGGAAAAUAAUCAGAAUUGUGAGAUGCAAACACUCAAUUCUUUUCUAUGUUUUUAUUCCGUUCCAGAAACAAGCUUCCACAGAAUACAGUGAAAUUGUGACUGUGUUUUUACUGAGCAUAUAGAACGUGAUGUGAAAGAAUAAGCUUUUCUCUAUAUUUGUGUAUAAUCUGCUCUCAGACUGUCUUGUGAAGGUCACAUGAUGCUUUCAUUCAUUCUUGUUUUCUGUAUUUUUCAGAAGAGUUGAACACAUUGUUUACAUGAUUAUACUAAAGCAGUAAGAUCACAUAUUCAUUCAGAAGCAGAAUUACUAAUUAUCAAGAGAAUAACACCAUUAGCACCUGAAUUUCACGUGCCAAAGGUUUAAUUAACAGAUGUGCCUUAAUUGGACAGUACACAAAUACUAAACCCGAACAAGCCAACAGUAAUUUGUUACGAGUCCCAAAUAUCAGAAUCUGAUGUAGCACUUUGAGGUUUACUGAAAAUAACUUCAUCCUAAAGCACCUUCUUUAACUCUGAAUAGAAAUAAAGACUUCUUUUUUACCGUGUGUUUGUGUUUGACUGAUAUGCAUCAACAAAAAUGUACCAUUUUGAAGUAAUAUAGUUAUACAUUUAUGUAACAAGUGUUAAGAAUCUCGAUUUAAUUUGUUCUUUAAUAGAUUUUUUGAUGACACUGGUGGCUAACAUCAGGUAAACCACAGUUUUACUGUAGUAACCAUAGCUGUUUAAUAUUAUUAAUAAUAUAAUAUUUAUAUUAAAUGCAUUUGUGAGGGUUGUUGUUUUAGUGUUUAACUUCAGAUGAGAAUUUUCAUUAAAAAUGUUUUCAAAAUAUAAUUCAUUUUACACACUACUAUGAAUAUUAAGUCACUCUCUAGGAAAGUUAUGUCAGCACGACCUGAUUAAUAUUCAUACAGCAGCUUGCGCUCAGCGCUCCGAUUGGCCGGUGCACGCGUACGCGGAGCGCAUGCGCAGACAGGAGCACACAGUGUACGCGGUGCGGAGAGGUCUCGGAUUGCGGGCGUCUGGGCUUUAAAAGCGGGCGUCACCUCGCGGCUCCGCAUCAGCAUCUUCAGGCGAGAGAGCAGCUGAAACAGUCGCGCGCUGCUGGUGCUGCUGAUUUAUCACUUGCAAUGAUGUCACUGCAGAAACCUCCCCUCAGGCGUAGCGCAUCAACUAUAGAAUCGACCAAUCACAGCAGCCCGUUGUUGACUCCGCCCACCUCCCUUAAUUUACGUUCCUCCCACAACCAGCAGCUGAGCUGCGACACCAUAAAAGAAGGCGUGGUCACGGAUUCCAAGGAAACGCAAGGCUCUUCAAAGAGUCGUCAAAAAUAUGCGCUGACGAAUAUUCAGAACGCAAUGGGUUUGAGCCAAAACCCCGCCCCUUUGAGCCAAAGCCACGCCCCUGUGCACAGUAAACCCGCCCCCACCAAAUCUGCCUCUUCUUCAUCUCUCUACUGCUCCUCGCUUUCCUUUUCCACCUCCAAUCCCAAACUGGCCAAAAACGGCACCAACCUGCAGCUGAAAGAGGAGCAGCUGGACCUCAACAAGAACGACAAGAACCUCCUGAGCAGGAGCAGCUGGGAUUGGCUGGAGGGGAAGGACAACCAGAAGAACCCUACAAUCAGAAGGAGGACCAAGAGCUUUCUAGAAUACCAUCGAGAGGAGGAGGCGUCCAGCAGCCCCAACAAAGACACGCAGGCCGAGGAGAAACACCUCCUGCCUAAGCUGGAGGCGCAAACGUGGGCCAAAGAGAACCAUGUGGAGGCGCAUCUCACCCUCCCCCAGAACCACCUGCUCCUGCUGGCCAGCGAGGAGGAGGAGGAGGAGGAGGAGAGUCCAGAGCGGCCGGAUGUUUACGAACACGUGCUUCGGCCGAACAACGAGCGCGUGAGCCGCGUCAGAGACGGGACGGCAGAAACCGACGCUUCUCCGGGCAGAAAGGCCAAAAUGAGUCCGGCAAAGCUACGUCUGGAUCUGAGACGAGACGAGGCCGAGGAGUCGCCCGAACGCCUGGUGCGACCCGAAAAACAGGUGGAGGACGAGGAGGAGGAAGAUUCCAGCUGGACGACACUGUCUCAGGAGAGUCCAUCUGUGGACACACCUCAGGAGACAGGUGUUUGGGAAGAGCCUCCUCAGCUGCAGGACGUGCCGCAGGAGUAUUUCUGGCAAGAUCAGCCUGUAGUCUGUGACGCCCACGCUGACCUGGAGGCGGAGCCAAGAGUGAAGGGGGCGUGUCUGCCUGUGCCCUGCACUAAAGCACAGACUGAGCGGCCCAGCAGUAUAGUGUCGGACAGCUCUGUGGAGCCCGUUCCUUCAUCAGCAGCCUCGUCACCCUCCUCUUCCUCACUGUGCUACGAGGCGAUGGGACGCGCGGCCAGUUUCCUCAACAACAACUACCUGGACCUGACGGAGACACGCGACUCCCGAGAGAGAGAGAAGCGGCGGGAGCGAGAGCGACAGGAGGAGCGCGAGAGAGAGCGACAGAUGAACCGAGCGAGUUUAGGAGCUCACGGCGGCCCUUACAGCUUCAUCAACCACAGAGCUAAAGUCCCAGCAGCCCCUGCAGACACCAUCAUACCCAUCAAUGACCUCGAGACGCAGGUGUUUUGGGUCCAGUAUCUGGGCUGGUUGGAGGUGCGGGACACAGAUAUGAUGUCUGGGAAGAGCGGCGCGGCGGUCAGCGACUGUAUCCAGCAGCUGCAGCAGCGCAGAGAGACGGACAGCGGCCGGAUGAGGAGACAGACGAUGCUGCUGGUCCUGCAGGACGUCACUCUCUCCCUCAUCGACCCCACUGACCACACCCUCCUGCACUCUCAGCCAAUCAGCUGCAUCCGCGUGUGGGGAGUGGGGCGGGGCCUCAGCAGGGAUUUUGCGUAUGUGGCCCGUGACAAGAACACGCGUGUGUUAAAAUGUCACGUGUUCCAGUGUGAGAGUCCUGCGGAAACCGUCGCCAGCAGCCUGAAGCAGAUCUGCUCCAAGAUUAUGGCCGAACGCAGGAGCGUCGGUCCCGCCGCAGGUUCCUCGUCUCAGUUCAGCUCUGAUGUUCCUCUCAGAGUAGAGUUUCCAACGCCAAAGACUGACCUACAACACAGCUUCCAUGUGCUUUACCUGGGAAUGACGUCAGUACUGAGACCUAUAGGAAUGGACAUGAUAAAUGGAGCGAUAGACAGUCUGAUGUCCUCCGCAGGGAAAGAGGACUGGAUCCCCGUCCUGCUGAACGUCGCUGACGCCACGAUUACUGUCAUCAAAGAAAAGGAAGAGGAGGAGGAAGUCAUAGUGGAGUGUCGAGUGCGCUUCCUGUCUUUCAUGGGCGUGGGACGUGACGUCCAUACGUUUGCGUUCAUCAUGGACACGGGAAACCAGCACUUCCAGUGUCACGUGUUCUGGUGCGAACCCAAUGCGGGAAGCGUGUCGGAGGCCGUGCAGUCGGCCUGUGUGUUGCGGUAUCAGAAGUGUCUGGGGAAGACCGGCUCCUCGGCUCCGGCCCCUAGCGACUCCGUCACCCGCCGCGUAACAUCCAGCGUGAAGCGGGGCGUCCAAUCAAUCAUAGACACUCUGAAAAAGAAGCCCGCCCCUGAGGUUCCCCACCAAUGACGGAACAGAACAGCUGUGAUGGACAGCAGGUGUGUGUGUGUGUAUUUACUGAUGCAGCCGAGAAGAGAAACACAACAUAACAAAAAAAGACAAAAAGUGUAACGCGAGAUGAACGAGAUGUCGGUGUGCGUAACAAGAAGCAUUUCGAACGACUGUCCUGAAUGAAGCAUGCCUCUGCCUUACACUAACACAUUUUCACUGAAGUAUUUCGAGGGCGUCAGAGUUCAUGUCUCACCGAUCCCGUCACGCUCAGAUCAAUGUAACUCUUUACACGCGUGACCUGGAUUCAAGCUCCAGUCUGAUUUGUGCCAUAAGUGUGUUUCAUUUCAAACCACCCACUCAUUCAAUGCGACUCGCACACUUGGGAAAUUGGAUCCUUUGAAAUUUUGUUCUCUUUCCGCAAGAAAUUUAGAGGGAAUUUUCUGGUGUUGGGUAUUGGGAAAGGAACGUGUGUGUGAAAUGUUUCAGCGCAUCGAGCACUGACGGAUCAGAUCAUGAUGUUCAGUGGGAAUAUCAUAACACACCAGAGUCUGUAUAUCAUCUGCUCAGAUCAAUACUGUAAUGCGGAGCGAAAUGGGAAUUUUCUGACCACACAAAUACACAUGCAUCUCAUUUAAACACUUGGUCUGACAGAUUCCCUGUGCAAGUGCGCAAAUGCAGAUGUGAAUGCUUGGCAAACGUGCGCUCCUUUUGUACAUACGCAACACAAAAGACCUCAGUACUGUCCUUCAAAUGUCUAAAUGACAUUAAACCAGAUGUUUUAUUCAGAUGUCCAGCUAAAGACAUGUUCACGUUACUCAACAUUAAAGCCUGACAUACAAAAUAGUAGUUUAUUGAACCUCAUAUUUGAUCUGUACUAGAUGAUGUUGAAACAGCAUCGAUUCGAUUUGUAAAAUCUGAAUAAAGUUCAACAAUGAUUCAACAUCAGCAAACCAUCAUAUUUUUCUACCGUUGUCUUUAAAGAGCAACACAGUUCCUCACUGUAGAGGACGUCGGGUUACGCUAAUGCCCUCUAUAACUGCCCUUGUGGCAAUGCUGAAAAUGCAAAACGUACUUGCAUUGCAUUAUGAAUCGUGGAACGCAGUGAUGCAUGAACAAGCUUAGCUAAAAGAUUUUGCGUACUUGCAUAGAGCGUUUCAGACUUCAGAUGAGCCACA